AUGGCUCGACCGGCAUCAGCUGCCCAAGCCGAAACUCCCCCGAAAACGACCACAAACCCAAUCGUAGCAGUCGGCCGCAAGGUGAAGUCGGUUCUCAGCACCGACCAGCGACCCAGCGUUCGCAUCCAGCGUAACUCGUCUUCAAAGACCAGCCUCCAUCGUGGACCGCUGUCAACAGACACACGAGAGCGGCUCGCUGCUCAUUCUGCUGCUGAGAAGCAGGCCGACGUUGGGUCAGCUCCGCAACCACCGAAGGCUCGAUUUGCUGGUAUUUGGUCAUGGUUUGGUGCAGGUGGUCGUCAUGUGACUAGCAGCCAGUCAGAUGAAUAUGACCCAGACGAGGUGGACUUGCUUGACGUUGUUGACCCCGAAGUCGCAACACUAUCAACCCUCAACAAUGUCCAGAAUUCCCUCUUCGUCCCCCAGCUAGGCGGUAUUGUCAAUCGAAGGCCAAUGUACCGAUUGAACGAGACGCCGGAGGAAAAGCGGACAAUGGACAGGCUACGAGCAACGAUGCGACGAAUGACCAAUCCAGCCGAAGAGGGAGAGAGCACGGUGACGUCGAAAUUGCGCGCCCUACGCGAUCACUUGAUGCUUGGUCGCAAGGGGACCGCCUCACCAGCCAAGAAAGAGUUCGUAUAUGCCGUCCUGCCCGAUGGCGAGACACUUGAAGGCUGGACAAACGCUGAGAGAGAAGAGCUGGAUGACAUAGUGCGGCACAUGCUUCAUUCAAGGCGAGCACGAUUCAAGCGGUCUAUGCAGGGCUUCUUGAAAUAUGUGCAGCGACCCCUCGGCCUCUUCGUCACGGUCUACGCAACACUGAUCACGCUCUUUGGCGCCGCAUGGGUUCUGUUCCUCAUCGGCUGGAUCUCUCUCGGCUCGAAGCACGACUACAUCAUAAAUGUUGUAGAUAACGUCCUUGUUGCCCUCUUCGCCAUCAUUGGCGAUGGUCUGGCCCCUUUCCGCGCAGUCGACACCUACCAUAUGUUCUUCAUCGCCCGCUACCACCGCAAGACCUGGAAGCGACGCGAAGAGAUGGGUCUCCCAGAGCUCGCUAACCGCAAUGACCUCCCGGAUCAGACUAAAGAGCAAGUCGAGCCGUUACAGCCAGACGUGGAGAGCCUGGUCGCGCGCAAAAUGCCUCGUAGACUGGCUCAUCGAGUCGCUCCUCGUCUGCCGCAACGUUUCCAGACUCGUCUCAAGGCUCGCCACGCUGUAGAGUCGCCUCAGACCUACGAAUACACCCAAGUCUCACACUUUCUACAAGCCGCACGAGACCGAGACUCACCACGCUUCCCGCUCAAGCUGCUUGUUACGAUUGUCUUACUCCUGGACUUGCACUCGGCGUUGCAGAUCACGCUUGGCGCUUGCACAUGGGGCAUCGACUACAAGACACGCCCGUUUGCGUUGACCACCGUGAUCCUCUGCUGCAGCAUCACGUGCAAUAUUCUCGGCGGCGUUCUCAUAUCCGUCGGCGAUAAGCGUACGCGUAAGACGGAGGUCAUCGAGCGCAUGCUGAAGCAGGAGAUUACUAGCGAGGCGAUCGAGACGAUGGAGACGCGUUGGUUCAAAGAAGCAGAGGCGCGCGGCGAGAUCGAUCCGAGCGUCCGGCAGAAGCUAGAAGAGGAGAGGGACGAGGAGGAGCGUGAAGAAGUCAAGAAGGCGUGGAAGGGAGUGCCCGCAUUGCCCAAGCUCUUAUUGGGUAAGGGCGAGGACAAGAGAGAGCCAAGUCUGCCGCAAGGCAAGAGACAGUCGAGCUCGACUGUCGAUGUGGCGGGACUGGACAAGGAGAAGAAAUCUAAGUUUUGGUUUGGCGGCAGCAAGCAACUGGAGACUGUGAAGGAGACACCAGCCCAACCACCGCCGCCGCCUGCGAAGCUAGAGCCUGCCUACAGGAACGUGGGGCAAGCGGAGAGCGAAGGCAGGGCGCAGAAGAUCAUGAAGAAACUCCUCAUUGCCGGCAACUGCAGAAUGUGCCUUGUCGAGGUCGAACGAGCACCCAAACCCGUCGCAUCCUGUGCAUGGCCGGUACAGCCAGGAAUGGUAGUCAAGACCAGUUCGCCACUCGCACACAAAGCACGAGAAGGCGUAAUGGAAUUCCUCCUAGCGAAUCAUCCGCUCGAUUGCCCCAUUUGCGAUCAGGGAGGCCAGUGUGAUCUCCAGGAUCAGUCCAUGAGAUACGGCGCCGAUCGAGGACGAUUCCACGAGAUUACUGGCAAGCGAGCGGUGGAGGACAAGAAUAUUGGACCUCUCAUCAAGACAUCCAUGAACAGAUGCAUUCACUGCACGCGGUGUAUCCGGUUCGCUAACGAGAUCGCUGGAGCGCCAGAACUUGGCUCGACGGGACGAGGAAACAACAUGGAAAUCGGCACAUAUCUCGAACGAAACCUCGACACCGAAUUGUCCGGCAAUGUUGCAGAUCUGUGUCCCGUCGGAGCCCUUCUACCCAAGCCCGGCGCAUUCACCUACAGACCAUGGGAACUCACAAAGUUUGAGACAAUCGACGUCCUGAACGCCAUGGGAUCCAACAUCCGAGUCGACGCUCGAGGCCUUGAAGUAAAGCGAAUACUCCCACGCCUCAAUGACGACAUCAACGAAGAAUGGAUAGACGACAAGCAACGCUUUGCCAUGGACGGCCUCAAGACACAACGUCUCACCACACCACUCAUCCGCCGAGACAACAAAUUCUUCCCCUCAACAUGGGAGCAAGCCUUGACCGAGAUCGGCACAGCCUACCAAAAGCUCGCCCCAGCCGCCAACGAGUUCAAAGUCAUCGCCGGCCAUCUUACAGAAGUCGAAUCCCUGGUCGCAAUGAAAGACCUCGCCAACCGCCUCGACUCCGAGAACCUCGCCCUCGACCAGCCCGGCGGCAGCGCCCCCGUCGCCCACGGCGUUGACCUGAAAUCCAACUUCUCCUUCAACUCCAAAAUCUUCGGCAUCGAAGAAGCAGACGCCAUGCUAAUCAUCGGCUCCAACCCACGCUGGGAAGCCGCCGUCCUCAACGCCCGCAUCCGCAAGCAAUGGAUGCGCUCACCCCUCAAGAUCGGCUAUAUCGGCGAGGACUUCGCCUCCACCUUCAAAUACGAGCAUCUCGCACUGACGCCGCCGCCGUCAAAUCCGCCCUAG